AUGAACUCCAACGUAUUAUAUCAGUUACCUCCAAAAAAAGUUUUGACUGGAGCUCCACCAUUACCUAAACAUCCUCAGAAAAACCUCCCCACUUCUACAAAACACCUUCAACAAUCCCCAAAAGAAAAUAAAUUAACCCAAAACGAUAAUAAAAUAGAGGUUUUACAUGAACUGCCAAAACAACCUCUAAAAGCUCCACCAUUACCUCCUUUACCAAAAGGGGCUAAGCCAAAAGUUUCACCUAAUCCUAAUUCUCCACCUCAACCAAAAGAAACACUACCCCCUCAAAAUCAACGACCAAUAAUACCAAAACUUGAAGUUCCAAACACUCCAAAACAACACUUAUCGAGUCCUCAAAGGUCUAAUACUUCACCAAUCAAACCUACAGAUACUCAUAAUGAGACUAUUGCAGAGCAUUCUACACAAAAACAAACACCAAGGUCACAAUGUGGUCUUGAAAAACACCUUCAACAACAAAGGGCUUCUGUUGGUUCAACCCAACCAUUAUAUGCUUUAUCCCCAAGACAACAUACUUCUACACCAGUCAAAGGUGUUCCUAAAGAGCCAACACUGACAAAUAACUUUUUUAAGAAAACAACCCAUGUAUCUCCUCGUCAGUUUAGUGGAGAUUCUUUUAUUUUGAAUACUUCUUCAUCUACUAACUGUACAUCAGAUAUAACAACACCAAAUAAUAGUUCUACUUCUCCAAAAGUAAAUGAUUUAUCAUGCCAAGGUCAAAAAGUGAUUGAACCAAUAACUACUCAAAAUCUUGGAAAUAACAAAGAAGAAACACCACAAGAAGAUAAAGAAGAAUUAAAACACUCAAGAAGAGGAAUUGGUAUUUUCUCAAAAUUCUCUAAAUCAAAUGAUUUAUUAACUUCAUCAACAAAAGACGAAAAGAAAAAAGAGAAAAAAGAAAAAAAAGUCAAAAGAAAAGGUGAUGAGAAUUGUGGGUAUGAGAUACAAUCACCUCGUGUAGAUAUUGUUAUUCAGCCAAAUGAUUUUUUAAAAAAAUAUGAGACAUAUAUAAUUAAUGAUGAUGCUGAAUCAAAAAUUCGGUUUAUUCCUAAAAAUCGUAUUGGAGAAAAAGUUAAUGGAAGUGAAUUACUAAUGCAUACUGCUGAAUUAAUAUUUACAGAAUUCAUGUUUUGUGCUCGAUUACAAAUAUUUAAAACAUGGUUUGAAGAUAUUAUUAAAAAAGAAAUUCCUUUAUUAAAACAUCAAGAAGAUUUAUUAUUUGGUCCAUUGGAUUCAUUAGUAGAUUCUAUUAGUCGUAUGUGUUUAGAAUUAGAACCGUUAUAUUAUGAAUUACUUGACAAUAAUAUAAAUAUGGAAGAUAAAAUAGUUUUAGAUAUUAUAUUGAAAUAUUAUGCUUUUGUUACUGGAGUUCAAUCAGGUUCAGUUAAUCUUUCAACUUCAUUUCUUCCAUUUGUUGCUCAUUAUACUUCAUUAGCAACAAACAUUGAUGAUUUUAUUAAAGAUAAUAAACAACUUAAUAAGUUAGUUACAAUUCAAAUUAAUUCAUGUAUUGAUAAAAAUAUCAAACAAUUUGCUGAUUUAUACUUUGCUCCAACACAAAGAAUAUGUAGAUAUGAAUUAUUACUUUCUAGUAUAUUGAAAGAAAUUCAAGACAAAGAAUGUAAAAUAGCAAAAUAUUUAAAUGAGACAAUUAUUUGUUAUAAAGAAAUGAAUGUUAAUAUUAAUGAGCUUAUUUUUAAGUCUAAAUAUUUUUAUUUAAAAAGAUAUGAGUAUUUAGAUCAAAUAUACAAAUCAAACAAACCAAUUAUUAUGGCAAAUAUUGUCAAUACUCAUUUUGAUUCUCCAGAACAUUUUGUUUCCUAUUAUCAAGGAUAUAAAGGAGCGAUUAUUGGAAACUAUAAAAUUGAAUUAUGUAUUUUUUAUAAUGGAAUAUUAAGAAAAGAUAUAAAAACAUCUUCAUUUGAAUUUUAUCCAAUUGAAACAAUAUUCAAUGAAUUAACUGAGAAGGAAGAAGAUAGUUUAACUGAAAAUGAUAUUUAUUUUUAUGACGCUAAAAAGAAAAAGUCUCAAAUUAUCACAAUGACUUCAAUAGAACAACGAGACCAAUUUAAUUUUAAUCUUCGUUUAACAUAUGACCAUUUCAUCAAAUCACAUAAGAUAGAACUAACUAAUGUUUUUUAA